AUGGCGAGCGUUGCAAGUCGGAAUUUGUUUGAUAUACUUGCUGAUAGUGAGGAUGCUGAGUCAGUUGUGUCAGAAAAGGAACCAACGCCGAAGGAGAAUGUAGCGGCACAAAAAAAAGUCGAUAGGUCUCGUGCGAAUCCCAAGGAGAAUAGAAUUCGACACGAAUACCCUCAACGUGGAGGGUUUAAAUCUUCCCCUUCUAAUAACAGAAAUGAAGACACAAGAUCUGGUGUGCGCUACUUCAUGAAUGAGUUUACCUCAACCUUAUGUCAUUUGCUGAAGCAGCACCUCGUGAUCGAAACGUCGGUCCUCGUCUAUCCAAUCGUCGCGAAGAAGGUGGUGAUUUUCCUAGCAGAACUUCACGGGGAGCUCGACCCAGCGAAAGAGGUCGUGGUGGUCGAGGAGGAGGUCGUCGUGGGCGUGAAUACGACCGUCAUAGUGGCACAGGCAGAUAGUAACGACAGCGAGAAGAAGGAAAAUCAAGGCUGGGGUAAUGGCGCUAGUAACUGGGGCAAUAAUCAAACCACCGAAGAAACAACGACCAAAGGUGAAACUGAUACCAACAACGUCACCUCCUCCUGGGGUAAUGAAACGACUGAUAACGGUGCGGAUAGUGGAUGGGGUGCAGCGACCGCUGAAGAGCAAGAAUCCGGUGCCGCUCAGGAAAGUUGGGUUGCUCCUGAGGAAACGAUCACAGCGGAAUGGGAACAAAAGGAAGAAAGUACCGUUGCCAAUGGUGGAGAUGCACCGGUUGUUGAGCAAGAAGAAUCCUUCAAAACAUUAGACGAGUAUCGUGCUGAAAAGGCUCCAAAAGCUCAAGUUGCUACCCUUCCCGAGGCAAGAAAAGCGAAUGAAGGAGUUGACGAUUCUCAAUGGAAAGAUGCAGUUCCUUUAGAAAAAGACGAAGAAGAAGACGUCCUUUUUGCUGGCAAAGAGCUGGUUCACGUGGGCGUGGACGUGCGCGUAAUGGUCCUCGGGGAAAAGGCGAUAGGCGUGACAGCCGUGAUGGACCCGCAAAAGACUCUCGCUGCGUCUCAAUGCCUACGACGGCUGGUCACAACUGCCGAUUGCGAAACCGAAACGAUUUCGAAUCUCGGACAAGGUAAACUUCGAAAUCCAAGACACGAGACAACCAAGAAAGUUGACGACCCAGUUGGGAUCGUCACCUCUUUGCUCACAGAUUCGGUACAAGAAAUCGUGCAGGCCCGUGAUAAUGCGAUUAACACUUUUAAAGAAUUGGGCCUCGAAUUCAUAGGAUGGUAUCGAAGGUAUUAUUUCUUAACUGCACCAAUCACAAUUCGUUCAUCGCAAAUAAAGAAUAUAUCCCUUCUCCAACAUUCAUCUAAGUCCAAGUUCAAUUCCUACUCAGAACGAUAUCAACAAACAUCAAAAACUCCAAUCACAGGUAGUGUUGGUGUCAUUGUAUCCGUAUCAUCGGUUUCUUGUCCCCCAAUUAAUUCAAGAACACCUGUUGUGGAUGGUAUGCUUAAUUCAUUAUGUGCGUUUCGCACGCCGGCGGAAAACAGUAGCGAUGAAGAAAACGCCGUGAAGUCAAAGAAUGGCAAAAUAUGGAAGGGCAAAGGAAAGGAAUGUCACAAAGUCAAUAAACUGACAUUUAAUGUCAACCGUCAAGCUUAUAUGUGUCCGAACGUCAUGCAACAACUGAGUUGCGCUUUGAUGGCAAUACUUCACGAAGCAAAACAAAUUUAUUCCGGGCAGGUUUUGGAUUGUGAUAAUAGGAAUGGUCAACGAAUAUUAGUCGACUAUCAAUAUGAAGCAUUCCUCAUGAACUUCCUGAAAAAAAGUGUGCUUCAGCUCGAUAGGUCAAUAGAACAGGAUUUUAGGUCACUGGCCGUUGCAAAACAUCACGUCAAGGAAAUCAUAAUGAAACGUAUUAACGAAAUCUUGCAACGACGUAGCGUAUCCAACGAAAAUGAAAUGCAAUUAAAACGAGGAAAAAUUGAGAAAUUAAUAGAGAAGCGCAUUUCCAAGCGUGAAAAAGACACCAAAAUAUCGGAAAAUACCGAUGGCGUUAUUCAGUGGCUUAAUAAAGGGACUUCAAAUGGUGAUCAAAAGAAGAAUACAUGUGAAAAUCUAGCCCCGGACUCUGGAGAAACCACAUCUUCUAAAACAAGCGAUGCUAUGCCCCAGAAUAAGAUUCAAUCGUUCCACUCGUCUCCGAGACAAUUUACACCCAUAAAAGAAUCUUCACAAUUCAUCAACACAAUAGUGGGCAAUGAUCAAGAGGACAGAGGGGCAUCAACAGAUGCCGUUUUCAACAAUAAAUCAAUAGAUAUUGAUGCGUUAAUAAAAAAAGAGGCUGUACCUGUCUCGGGAGGUGCUGGCGAUGAAUGUACUAAAAAGACCGAUAAGCAACUCCUGAGAAAAUUAAGCAUAGACGCAUCUCACACUUCACCACCAAACUCAAAAAAAAUAAAAACCAGCUCAAAUCCCACCAUGAUUGAUUUUGGUGGAGUUCAUGUACAAGCGGCGGCUUUUCCUGAUUCUAAGCCAACAUUUAGUUCCAACGAUGCAAUGAAUGGAAGUUCGACUCAUCAUUCUAACAGUAGAUCAACAACAUCUCAAUCAUCCCAAUAUUCACCUUCGGCGCAGUCAACUGUGAAUUCAUCACCAACUUUCGCUACCAUAGCACCACUGCCGCCAACAACGCCACCCUCUUCGUCAACGCAUAUUAAUAUUUCAACCACAAGCAGUUCAUUAGGCACCACACAAAAUGCAAGUGGAAUACAGUACUCUUACCCGUACUCUACGAAUGGUUACCGAUCGUUCCAUGGAUCUGAAGAUUUGCCCGCUUGCAACGGGAGUAAGCCCCCCAACAAUUGUCCUCAGGGAUCCGGAAUACAUUUGCCUAGUAUUCAAGGGUUGCUUGAAAUAAGUCAUAACAUUUCACAACCACCACCAUCUCCUUUACCAAACGGCGUAAUGACAGUUGAUUCGAAUUCUCCAGGAUUGAUACACUCACCAUUCUCAUCUCCGAUGCUCCAAUCAUACCAAAACAAUCAAUUUUAUCCCUUUGGGCAUCAACUUCCAAAACCACCGAACCUCAUUCAACCCGGAACUCCACCCUCGGUGGCUUCGAUACCGCAUCCAAUUCACCAAAUAAAUUCAAAUGUGCCACCACCGUCUGCAAACUCUAGACAUUACAUUCCGAUCGCGCCAUCACCCUCACCGAGUAACCGUCCACCCUUACAAUCAUCUCAACCGGCAACAACCAUAUACACAAGUUCUACGAGAUAUCCUUCGAACGAUUCAGAUUAUCAUCGAUGGUAG